UUUCUUUUCUCGAUAGGGGAGGCUUCAGGGUUCUGGUGCUUCUCCUCCCCUAGUGCUGCCCUCGAGGGUUAUCUGGCCCUUUUCUCGUACGCGUUUAGUCUUUUUUGAUCCAAUUCCAAUCCUCAACUCCGUCAGUUGGAGGCUGUACCUGCAUCUCGAGUCACCUCCGCAUUACCAGUAACUGCUUUUCUGCCCCCGCCAUAGGAAGGUACUUUCACGCCUUCACCUGGAAAAGCAGAAAGAAUAAUGUCGGGAAAUCCUAGUCAGGUUCCUACCACUUCUAUGAAAGCGGUGAAUAUUCCGAGCCAGCCAGUCUCUGCGACUUUCACUUCCUCUUCAUUUGAUAGCGGCUCUCCGCGUUCUCAGCGGCGCCCGGGAGGUUCUGGCAGUUUUGGAGCCGGGUUAACAUCUCAGGCUAGAAACUCGGGCUCUCCUAGGAACAACCAGGCUCUCAAGAGUCAGCACAGACGACAGAGGCGUCCCCGAUUGUUAGAUGAUGAUGAUUAUAGCGAAUCGGCCAUCAUGAGAUCUACAACCAGUCGCAAGGGACAGACGUCCAUCACCCAUCUAAUGAACUUCUCUCUACCGCCUCGUCCUCAGUACAAUCCUCCACCCCGCAAUAAUCGCCGCUAUACAUCUUGGGGUCCAGGCUCGGGCUAUCAUGCAAUGGAUAAAUCCCGCUACGUUCAUGCGAACUAUCGCUUUAUCGUGGCACCCAACCGCAACUACCAUGCACAAGCGGCCAAUGCUGAUGUCCACCUAGAUUGGGAUUCGGUUCUUCAGGUCUUGGUAUCGGCUCAAACGCAGUCCGCUAGUUGCCCCAUAUGUUUGUCCACUCCGGUAGCGCCACGAAUGGCUCGCUGUGGUCAUAUCUUCUGUCUUUCUUGUCUGAUCCGCUACAUGCAUUCGACCGAUGAAGAGAAUCCGGUACCGGAGAAAAAACCGCGGUGGAAGAAGUGCCCGAUCUGUUGGGAUUCCAUCUACGUCUCCGAGACGCGACCUGUGCGAUGGUUUCGUGGUCAGGAGGGCGAUCUCCCGUUUGAGGGAGGCGAUGUAGUCCUAAGGCUAGUAAAAAGAGAACCCGGGAGCACUCUAGCGUUGCCUCGGGAUGGGGCCGAGGACAUAGCGCCAGAGGAGGAUGUUCCGUGGUAUCAUGCUGCAGAAGUAGCUGACUACGCGCGCAUAAUGAAAGGGGGCGAGGACUAUAUGAAAGCCCAGUACGACAUCGAGAUCGAAGAGCUUCGCAGGCAGGAGCUUGAAGAUGAACUUCUAUUCGGAGAUGAUACCACUUGGACUCAGAAGGCGGUCGCUGCGAUUCGCGACGCCAAAACUAAGAUCGAAGGUAUUGGGAAUCCGCCGGACAUUACGCGACAGCCAGUCCAGACCAAAAAGCCAAAGGAGCCCAUCGCAUUACAGUCCCCGCCAGAGGGAGUUGCUGCCAUUUAUGAAUCGCAGCAUGCAACCAAGUCAGGUCAAAGUUCGUCUGCGGAGUCCAUCCCCGCGUCAGAUACUGGCCCUGGUUCAGCCUCGACACCGGGUACAUCGAAUGGCCUGGAUCGUACAACCGAGGCCUUGGGCCAGGUUGACUUGAAUUCGACUUCUGGGUCUAAGAAGAAACAGAGAGAUCCUGGGCACGGCCGAAACAACGUGCCCUCAACGCGGGGCCCUCAUACAUCUGACCAUUCAUUCUUUUUUUAUCAAGCCCUGCCUCAGUUCUAUCUUUCGCCCUUAGACAUCCGCAUCUUAAAGGCUGCAUUUGGUGACUAUUCAUCAUUUCCUGCCACCAUUCUUCCGAGGGUCGAACGCAUCUCGACCGGUCAUAUCGUUGACGAGGAGCUGCGCAAAAGAGUGAAAUAUCUCAGCCAUCUUCCGCAAGGUUGCGAGGUGAAUUUCCUCGAGUGUGACUGGAGGGAUGUUGUCGUCCCGGAGGUCCUGGAGACUUUCAAGUCGGAAACUGAAAGAAGACGGAAACGUAAUAAGGAGAAAGAGGCGCGGGAAGAGAAGGAUCGGAUCCGGGCUGAGAAGAAAGAAGACGAAGAGCGUUGGGCAGCAGCGCGCCGGAAGAGGCCCAGUAUUGACACCAUCAAUGACCCUCCCUUCUCCGACCGCGAUUUCCAGCCGUUGGCGGGCGCCACUGGCGAGCCACCUGGUUUGGAUAUAGAGUCUUCAUCUGCAUCUCCUCCUCAGCCGUCCCAUUUUGGCGCUCUGGCAUCCACCUCUACGAGUCCCCCUGGAUCACGGACCGUGUGGGGAACAACCGCCGUGCCGGCUCUUUCGGCUCCGUCGGGCUCACAACCAGGCCCUGCUGAUGGCUGGCUUCAAGGCUGGGAGGAGGAGCUGUGGGCCCAGCAAGAGAGAGAACUGAUGGCUCAAAGUGCUGCCGAGGCGAGCAACCCCACUCCUUCUGCUUCUGGCGGGAAAAAGAAAAAGAACAAGAAAAUCACGCUCAUGGCGACCAAUAUCCAGCGAGGCGCUUAGCCAGGCGCAGACGCAUUAACUGCUUUGCUUUUGGCAAGCAUUAUCUGACGCGCUCCGGGUCUUUCGUCUUCUUUUCAACCAUACUUACGAGCAUUAUGUUAUAAUCAUUUCAGGGAGGUGCUUGCAGAUACACUUUGAAAGGAGCAUGGGUAAGGAGUCGAAGUGUUCUACGAAAUCUGAUGGCCAUAUAUGUGUACGAAUUAUUAUUACUAGAAACUGACGGAGAUUC